UCCGUGGCAGUCGGACGCGUUUCGAAACCUUCGACCUCGUCUCUUUCUACUUGUAUAUCUCCUCCAUCCCUUUUCUGUCCUGUAGAAAUACAUAUAUAGAGGGGAGAGACGGUUGUAAUUCCUCGUCCGUCUCAGCGAACCCAAUUCGAAGGGUUGAGAAAGGGAGAAGUAGGUGGGUACGUCGAGAGAAUCAUCGUAUUCUCUCGUGUAUCUAUCGUGCGAUUCGCGUAAGCUCCGUCGCGAGGAGUCUCCGUGUCACGCAGCGGGGUCGAUCGAAUCGACGAAUGAGAGAGAAGGAGGCUGUAAAAACGCGAGGUGGAGCGAAAAGGAUCGGGCGAGACGGUCGCCAUUGCUGUGAGAAGCAGUGCCACCUGGUCCCGCGAACUAGCGGUAAGGGGGGUGCGUAUUGACGCGACUGCGCGAUUUAGUCGACGCGGUAGAAAAGGGUUGUGAUUUGAGCAGCGGUGGGGAAUCGCCGUUGGUUGAAUAGAGAUAAAACGAGGAGAAGGAGGGGGACGGGCUGAAAAGUUCGGGCCAGGCUUGGUUCGAUCGCUCAAUAUUCAUCCCUUGGCCGGACGAGAGCGCCCGAGAACAGCGGCUCCAGACGAGGGCACGAAUCGACCCUUCCUUCCUUUGCGUCCUCGCCCGCGGAGCUGCUCGAUCGCGGCACCGUUCCGUUCCAUUCCGUCAGAAGAAGAACAAGAUCACCGACAGAAAGCAGUUCAGAAGCCUGACAAAGGAAUAUUCGUACGUCGUCGUUCGUGGUGAUACGCGCUACCGUUUCGUCUCUCCAUCUUUAACCGUUUAAACGAGCGAAAUGGAGGGCAAGAAAGAACAGUAUUACUCACCUCCGCCGAAGCUUGGCAAAUGGGAAGGUUUUAGGGUUUUUCUAUGGAACUCCGAGACUGGACAGUUCCUGGGGCGCACAGGCGCUAGUUGGGGCAAGAUUUUGUUAUUCUACGUUAUUUUUUACGCGGUACUGGCUGGUUUCUUCGGGGCAAUGUUGACCGUUUUUUACCAGACGUUAGACCCGAACGCACCGAAAUGGCAAUUGGAUAAAUCCUUGAUCGGCAGCAAUCCUGGACUUGGUUUUAGGCCUAUGCCACCAGCAAGCAACGUUGAAAGUACCUUGAUUUGGUACAAAGCUAGCGACGAGGGUAACUUCUUGCAUUGGACCAAAGAGCUGGACGCGUUCCUCGAAGAAUAUCAGAAGCCUGCUGGCGGGACAAAUGGUGCCCAGCAGAGGAUGCUCUGCGACUAUGGAAAACCACCGACUCCUGGCAAAGUCUGUGACGUGGAUAUGUCGACGUGGGGACAGUGCACAAAGGAAAACAAAUAUGGUUACAAUAAAUCUGCACCUUGCAUUUUCCUCAAGCUGAACAAGAUUUUCGGCUGGAAACCCACAUAUUACAACGAUACAUCGAAUCUGCCAAGUGCUAUGCCAUCCGAUCUUCAAGAACACAUCAAGCAAGAGGCACUCGCCAAUAGGUUGGACACCGUAUGGGUAUCCUGUGCCGGUGAAAAUCCAGCUGAUAUCGAGAAUAUGGGUGCCAUUCAAUACAUUCCACGUCGGGGCUUUCCUGGAUACUUCUUUCCCUUCACAAACACCCCUGGCUAUCUUAGCCCGCUCGUAGCUGUCUUCUUCGAGAGGCCUAAAUACGGUGUACUGAUCAACAUCGAGUGCAAGGCCUGGGCACACAACAUCAUCCACGACAGAUUCGAGAGGCGUGGUUCAGUGCAUUUCGAGUUAAUGGUGGAUUAAGCAUAGCGCUUGCCGCCUUUUGCAUGACCACUAUCAACUGCGUCCAAGAACAAUGUAGGAGGAAGGGGAAUAAGAGAAAUUUCUUUUUUAAUCAAUCUCGCUGGCGGAUUGUGACCACUCCUUCUUUCCUUCGGUUUUUCUCUGCCGACGAUACCGCCCUGACCGCCUAUAUAUUUCUCAUCGUUAUUUUAACGUAGAUCCGUCAGAAGCUCAUGCUCAUCCUCAUCUUCAUCGCGCUUUACAUUGUCGCGCUUCUUGACACCAUCGUCGACGCAUUGAUAAUUGUCACACAUAACACAUACACAAACGGAAAUGAAGACACACAUGUACACAUACAACAUACAUAUGAAUUAUGAAACAGUUUCAAACAUAAUCGUCGCUUCCACGGACAAAAUGAUUGUACCGACGAACGGACCAGUAAAAAAAAAAAUUGGCUAUACAAAAGAGCUACGUAUAUGUAUAAAAUACGUGCGCGUGUUCGCGCGUGUACGUAUCAGGAUGCACAAAAGUAAACAGUUUAGCGGAAAGUAAAUUCUGCACAAAAAUGUGGCGGCGGUAUCUCUUCUUUCUUAUCGGGGGUGAAGGGGAGUGGUCGUAACCAUGAUCUAUGUAUCGUUCGGAGUAUCCGUUUGACGCGCGUAAGACUUUUUUCAUUUCAAUUACUGCCCCGUUCUAAUUUCACGGGUUAACAUUAUUAUUUCCGUUUCCGUUACCUCGGUCUCGUUCCAGGCUCUCGUGCGCGUAUUUCGUUUCCAUUGAUUUCAUAACCGAGACUGGUUGAUGUACGCCUAGGCGACGAGACCGCUAACGUGUAGGGUACACCGAUGAAGAAUAAUUGAUACUCUGUUAGUUCGUGCCACGUACGUAGACGUAACUAAAGGAAUAAAUAAGAAAAAUUAUGAAAAAAUGUAAAAAAAGGUUAGUAUCUUUUACGCCCGUCGGUACGGUGCACCCGGCACGGUGGAACUUUUGAUUUCGAAUUCCACGAAGAAGCUCUCGGACGCGGCUCUCGGCGAAUCUCGAUCGAAAGUUCCGUCGUUUCGGGCCGAAGAAUCGAAAUUCAGACGGAAAACCAACCUGUGUCGAUUUUCACCCCGGCGGAUCGUCGAAAAUGGUACGGUGGAACUUUUGAUUGGAAAUCCCCAAGAAUAAUCCUUCGUCUCUAAUUCUGUCUCGUUCCACGGAGAAGGGAAUGACACUGUUAGUAGGACGCGUGAAACGUUUGCUAAUUAAUGCUUCUAAUUUCAUUAAUGGUAAUAUAGGUUGUCCUUGGAUUUUCAUUUGAAGUUCCGCCUGUACGGAUAUAGUUCAAUGAACACUGUGUUCUAUACAGUGGGCUUAAUUAAAGGUGGUAAUCGGUGAUUAAUACGAAAAAAAAAGGAUGACAACCAGGAUUGGUUUGAAUAUGUUGCUCAAAUCUGGAUCGUUACCGCCGCAACAAAUUUCGUUGGAUUUCGAUUUGUCGAGAAACAGCGCGCAGUUCGCACGGGAAUGAAAAAAAGAGUUUAAUCAGCCUAGUGAUAACCGUACGACACCGUAUGGAAUAUGUAUUUAUGAUUAUAUCGUACCGCAUGAUAAUAUCUAGCGCUAGUCCACGCAAUCGUUUAGUCCAGGCAUGCACACGAAAUUGCCCGUAGGGCGCCCGAGUACCCGCGUGGCACACCACCGCGAGUCUGGGCUCGUAACUGUGCCCGCGGGGAAUCUCGGACGCCCGUGCCCGUUUUACUACUUGCUGUGCAUGCCUGGUAUAGUCGAUAGGUUGUAUCAUACAGUCUGGAGAUCAGAGCGAUUGUAUUCUUUUUCUUUAACGCUUCAUUUGACAAAAUUACAAAUCUCGUCGAUAAUAUUAACCCUUGAACAGCGAAGCCUGGAUCAAUCUAGACCCAACCGUACAAAAUAUAUAGAGAGAUAUUAAUUUAAAAUUAAAUGUAUAAUUUCUAACGAAAGAGUUUCAUAUAAUGGAACAAUGAAAAUAAUAUGAA